AUGGAGGCAAACACAUAUCACACACCAGAAGGUUACACUGGAGGAAGCCAUAUCAGUGUUCUGAAUGUGACAAAGCUUUUACAUGGAAAGUCACAUCUUAUCAUACACCAGAGGAUUCACACUGGAGAGAAGUCAUAUCAGUGUUCUGAAUGUGACAAAGCUUUUACACAGAAGUCACAUCUUAUAGCACACCAGAGGAUCCACACUGGAGAGAAGCCAUAUCAGUGUUCUGAAUGUGACAAAGCUUUUACACAGAAGUCAGAUCUUAUAGCACACCAGAGGGUUCAUACUGGAGAGAAGCCAUAUCAAUGUUCUGAAUGUGACAAAGCUUUUACACACAAGUCAAUCUUAUCAGCACACCAGAGGAUUCACACUGGAGAGAAGUCAUAUCAGUGUACAGAAUGUGACAAUGCUUUUACACAGAAGUCACAUCUUAUCAUACACCAGAGGAUUCACACUGGAGAGAAGCCAUAUCAGUGUUCAGAAUGUGACAAAGCUUUUACACGGAUGUCAUAUCUUAUCAUACACCAGAGGAUCCACACUGGAGAGAAGCCAUAUCAAUGUUCUGAAUGUGAAAAAGCUUUUACAUGGAAGUCACAUCUUAUCACACACCAAAGGAUCCACACUGGAGAGAAGCCAUAUCAAUGUUCAGAAUGUGACAAAGCUUUUACAUGUAAUGCCAAGCUUAUCUGUCACCAGAGGAUUCACAAGCUUGAGCUGCAUAAAUGA